GGAUUUUUUAGAAAGUAAGAGAUAUUCUCUUGAUUAUGUUAUAAUUCAGUUUGCAUAUCAGAAUACAAUGUGAUAACUGGAUAGAUAUAUCGGCACGAAUGUUUUAUAGGUCAAUGUUUCAACAAGCUGUUAUCUCAUCAGGAAACGUAUAGCAUCUAGAGCCACAAUGGAUGCAUGGAAUCUGGCUACAGUCUAUGAUCCUCUAAAGAUUGGUAGUAUAGAUGGCACAGAUGAAAUACCACAUGAUAAUGGUAUAACACGGGCCAUUAGAGCAAAAUAUAAGCCCAACCUUCAAGUGAAGGGUGAACCAGAUCAUACCAUAUUCGUAGGGAGGCUCAAUCCUGACACAGAUGAAAUCUCACUCAGAGCCUUCUUCUCCAGUUACGGAGACAUCAAACACUUACGUCUAGUAAGAGACAUUGUGACUCAAUUCUCAAAAUGUUAUGCUUUUGUCGAAUAUAACGAUGCAAAAGAUGCAAAUAUGGCUCAGAAACAUGCACAUAAAAGUCUUUUAGAUAAUCAUGAGAUUAUCACUGAGUUUGAACACGAGAGGAACAUGAAAGGUUGGGUACCAAGAAGACUUGGUGGAGGAUUUGGUGGUAACAAAGAAUCUGGUCAAUUACGUUUUGGUGGCAAAGUUCGACCAUUUAAAGCACCAAUAUUAGCUCAAAAUCAGACUGAAGUAAAGCAAGAGCCUAAAACUGAGGGUUCUUCUAGACGAUCAAGAAGCAGAGAUAGAAGUUAUCGUGAGAGACAUAGGAGUAAAAGCCGUGACAGAGAACAUAGGCGUCAUAGAAGUAGAGAGAGAAGUAGGGAAUGUCACAAGAAGAAAAGGAAAAGGGAGCGAAGUCGUAGUUAUGACAAGAAUGACAGAGAUGGCAGAUAUUGAAUUAUAAAUAGCUAUAUGCAAUAUUUAGAGAUUGUGUCACGUCUGUCUUAGUAUGAUGAAUCAACAAAGAUGUGCCAAGACAGUGAACCAACCAACUUAUUGGGAACAAUGUGUACAAUUAAUAUAUACAUUUACAGCGAAGUAGUAAGAAGUCAUGAUUUGAGGCUCGAAAAACAAACCUGCUUUAUUUGUUGUUAGAUAAGCAAAAACAUCUUUAAUAUUUGUAUUUCAUAGAUAAAUUUUAAGGACUCUAAAUUAUGCUAUUUAGUGUACUAAUUAGGAGGUCUUCACUUUUCAAGGUUUUUGCAUUCGGGAGAUUCUGCAUUUUGAGGAGAUAUGAACACAUUUUCAGUAAAUGUUUAUAGUUCUAUUGAUC